GACUGGAGGCCUGAGCCGAAUCUGACGUCAGGAUCCAUCUGCAAAGAUAAGCCGCGGGGCUCAGCAUUAAAUACAGAGUCCAUCCUUUCCAGGGAGGUGCUGGAUAUCAGUGGGAUUCAGGAGCAAAGUCUGCUUCAGUUUGGAGACUAUGAGGGCAGCGGAUCAGUGCCGCGCUCUACAGCCUCUUCACUGAACCACAUCAAAGGGAAAAUGGGAAGUGCGAGUGAAGAUCUACUCGUCACACUGCAGAUCCUGCCCGGCUUCUUCUCCAACUGUCUCUUUCUGGCUCUAUAUGACUCCGUGGUGCUGGUUAAGCGCGUCGUGGCGCUGCUCAGCCGCUCACGCUCCGCUGGCUGCGGAGAGUGGCGCCGCAUGCUGACCUCUGAGGGGCUGCGCUCCAUCUGGAACAGCUUCCUGUUGGACGCGCAUAAACAGGUGAAACUUGGCUGUGAGGCACCAAACUCCAAGGUGGUGAAGGUUGCUGAUGGACCUCGGUGGAGCAGUCCUGUUGUCCCAUAUGGCUCCAGGAUCCAGACCAGUGGUGAAUGUCGCCUUCUGGAUUUUGAGACAUCAGAUCGCCCUUUGGUUGUGAACUUUGGCUCGGCCACCUGACCCCCAUUCAUCAGCCACCUGCCUGCCUUCCGGCAGCUCGUGGAGGACUUCAGUGAGGUGGCUGAUUUUUUGUUGGUCUACAUCGAUGAGGCACACCCUUCUGAUGGCUGGGUAGCCCCCCGGAUGGGUCCCUGCUCUUUCAGUUUCCGGAAACAUCAGAACCUUGAGGAGAGAAUAGGAGCUGCACGCAAACUUAUCGAGCACUUUUCCCUACCACCGCAGUGCCAGCUAGUGGCCGACUGCAUGGAUAACAAUGCCAACGUGGCUUAUGGGGUGGCAAAUGAACGAGUAUGCAUAGUGCACCAAAGGAAGAUCGCCUACCUAGGAGGGAAGGGACCAUUUUUCUACAGCCUGAAGGAUGUGAGGCAGUGGCUGGAGCAGAGUUAUGGAAGACGAUAGGAGUAUUGAAUAUAUGACAGGACAGAAUACGACAAGCAAAGCCUCAUGGCUUUGCUUGAAGUAAAACAGGUUUGUCAUGAAGAUGUCAGCCAUCAGGCUUUAAACAACUGUAUCAUGGAACUGCAGAGCACUUUCUUUGUUUUCAUACACACCGAGUGUGUUUCGUCUGUGUUUCUUCAUGUUUUUGCUGCUAAAAAUCAUAUUUUAAGAAGGAAAAGAAAAACAACUAAUUUCCCAAUUUAAACAAAUAUUUAAAAAAAUAUUAUUUUUAGAAGAAUUGUAUAUUUUUUACAUCUUGUUCAGAUGUUUUUUGCACUAUUCCAGCAUCCUAACUUUUAUCUACACCUUUUCCUUCCUGGUGGUUCAUGCAGGACAUGCUGAAGCAUUGUUCUCCAUCUUUCAUGUUUUAAUAUAAACUCAAAGUAGGUCUAAUGUGGCAGAAAUCUAACUCUACGUGACUGUUCCUCCUUGUUCCCAUUGUUAUUUUAAUAGAGUUCUUUUAGACAAUGUCUGCAUGUGAAAGAUGUUAUCUAGGUUGCAAACAAAAUCUAGCAUAGGGAUUCAGGUAUCUGUCUUUUGCAUUUUCUCCAGUUUGUUUUAAUGUAUUUUCAAGCCGUGUUACUUUAAAACAGCCUCAGGGAUUCAAGAUGACAAUUCUGUGCCUUGGUUUUCAACGUGCACUAGCUUUAGUAACAAAGAAUUAUUUUUAUUCAUAUAAUGCCUUAAAACCUUUCCUCAAAUGACGUAGUAAAACCAAUUUUUAAAUUCUACCAGGAAAAACCAUUGCCUAGACAUGUAUAUAUUAGAUAAAAGCUUUGCCAUUUCAUUUAAUAUUUAGAAUUACUUUUAUUGCUGUCUUAAACUCUCUGUUUUCAGCCCUCAAAGACUUAAAGAUGAUUCAGAGAUACUCUCUAGAUCUGCAGAAUAACCUUCUAACAAUUAGUUAUAAAUGAUGUUAUUGAUGCUUGCCUCUUAGUGUUUGAGAAAAAACUUUUCAUACAAUUACUUUAGAUAAACAGGUUGUAUCACUUAAAAAAGUAUAUUUAUUUAAUUUUUUAGCAAUUUAUCUCCUGAGCACUGUCUUGGAAUCAGAUUUAAUUGAUUGUGGGCUUUAUGGAUAGUGUUGCUAUGUAUAGUUUACAUUACCAUAUUAAGAGGCGUCCAACUUAUCGGUCUGUAGCAUUUGAUCAAUGAAUAAAGAAAAAAAAUUAGUCUAAAGGUUUGGUGUAUCACUAUCUUAAUUUGUUACACAAUUAGCGGAGUUACCAAAUUCACUUGAGAAGAACAAGCAAACAUCUUUCCCAUGCACAAAGGCAAUAAUUGUGUCUUUUUGUCGUUUUAAAAAAUAAAUAGAUGGUAUACCAGCUAAAACCUGCGCAGCGAUGUUUGCCUUCCGCAUCUUGUUGAUGUCAUACACAUCACCACAUUUCAAUGGCCCAAAAUAUAUCUGUAUGGAAGCUAAUGAUUCUGUUGCCUUCUGGCAAGAUAUAUUUUUUGGAGUUUGUGUAUUCACAAAUCUUACAAAAAUUAAGUUUGCUUGCAAGGUAAGGACCCUUCUAAUUUUCUUUCAAUCAACAGGUCAGUUAGCCAAAGAAUUUAUGUUUCAUAAAGGCAACAAAAUGAAGAACUAAUUACUCUAUAAAUAAUUAAAAAGUACAGAUGUUUUUAUUAAACAUUGUAAUAGUUCAUAUAAGUAAAUUCAGCAAAUGUUUUCAUGCAUAAAUAGGCCUAUUCCUAAUAAACAAUUCUUCUAUGUAGGCCUCAAAAUUAAAAUGUAACACAUUUAUGAUGCUUUAAAUUCCUGUGGGGAAAUAAAAAGAUUUAGCAGGAGAUAUUUCAUAGGUGUGGUUUCUGUUCUACUAUGCACAGGAGAUAGUCUUGAAGCACAAUUAACCCAAUGAUCUAAACUGUAUAUUGUCAAAAAAGGCACCUUUUUUUGUGAGGAAACAUGGAGAAAGACACUUUUUAAUGAAAAAAAAAGUUCAGAUGCAUUUUGCUUCUGCAUUUUUGCACUAAAAAAGUCACGUUAUGAGAGUUGGAAAGCCACAUUAAAUCUAUUUUUUGUUUCAGAAAAAGAUUUAUCAAAGCAUGCAAAUAUUUGAUGUUUUUUGAUCAUAGACCUUAUGGAACUGGUGUUUUUGAGGUUCCAAAAUGAACUGACAUCACAUCUAGCUCAUUUCAAAAAUGGCCUCAGUUUUGCAGGACCAUCUGUGCAGAAAUUGUAAAACACACUUGUUUAGGUGUGUGAUAGGACAAUUAGCCAGAUUUAAAAAGGACACAUUCAUAAGACUUCACUCUUUACCUGAAGUGAUUUAAAAUGUUUUUUUUUUAUGCAUCAGGAUCAGAUAAAAUGCCAAAAAACUAUUAGAAAAACCUUUUGCACUAACCUUACUGCCAAUAUUGAGUUAUAUAUCAGUGCAUUUUCAUUUCAGAACCUUUUAAAUUUUCUUGGGGAACAAAACAGCUGAUUAUUAACAGGUGUAGACUUCGUAAAAGGGCUUCCUAGAUCACUGUAGACACAUAUAUUGAUGCAACGCUUACAUUUUGCCUUCGUAGAUCAGUUUGUUGUUUUGCAGUUAAUCUUAAAGAUACAUCUUCUCUGACUGGAUUUUUUUAGUCUUUUUUUGUCAGAUGAGGUUGAUUUGUAAUUCAAGUAGAGCUGCU